CUUAAAGAGGAAGUUGAACGCUUGGUUGAAAGUGAAAAAAUCAAGCCUAGACAUCAUCCAGGAGUUUUGAAAAGACAAAUGAUUACAUUACCUGACUGGGUUAUCGAUGCCAUGCGUCUAAACUUAGAAGAUACCGAUAAAAAACGGCUUUUUCAAGAGAGUCAACAAUUGUCACAGUAUUUAUUCAAUAGGCGUUUGCCAGCUGAAACUCAGGAUGUAAAAACAAAAUAUAAUGAAAUUGAAGGAAAAAUGUUGGAAAAAGUAAUAGAUACAUUGACACCAGAAGAGCUUGAAGAGAAACGUAAAAUGAUCAAAACAAAAGUGAUAAAAAAAGUAAAAAAUGAAAUAUAUGAUUGGAAAGCCUUGCAAUUUACCAAGUAUCAAGGUUUGAUGUACAUGAUUUCACGUAGCACAGCUGAAUAUUCUGUGCUUGUAAAGAUUUUUGAAGAAAUUAAAAACAGAGAUCCAGAAUUUGUUCCUCAGGCAAUAUUCGAUUUUGGAUCAGGUGUUGGAACUGUCUUAUGGGCUGCUCUUAAUCAUUGGCCAAAUGGUAUAAGAGAAUAUGUAGGUAUAGAUAUUUCCAACCAAAUGCAUGAUCUUUCAGAAAAUAUUAUGAAGCACUCGCCUACAAAAGUAAGGGGUGUUUUUCUCAGGCAGUACAUGCCAGUUACAGAAAUUGAACAUGACAUUGUUAUAAGUGCUUAUUCUCUCAUGGAAUUACCAAGCAUACGAAAUCGUUUAGAAAUCAUAGCUAGAUUAUGGAAAAAAACGAAUAAGUAUUUAAUUUUUGUUGAACAAGGGUCUCAAUCUGGUUUCAAAGAAAGUAUAGUGAUGAAUGAAGCCAGGAGUUUCAUAAAACACAUCAUGGAUAAUUUUGAGAAAUCUUGCAAAUAUUUCAUCUUUGCACCUUGUCCACAUGAAACUACGUGUCCAAGGUAUGCUGAAAACAAUUAUCCUUGUAACUUCAUAGUUCAGCAUGGAAAGUUGCCUUUAAUGGGUUCAUCUAGUCCUAAGCAGGAACUUUACACUUACAUAGUUUUUAAAAAAGGAGAACGCACCGAUCAAGAUAAUUGGCACCGUCUAGUGCGACCAACUAUUGUUCGUUCUAAACAUGUUCGAUGCCGAACAUGUUCUCCAAAUGGGCAGUUAGAAGAAAUUUUAUUUACACCAAAAAGACACGGAAAGUGGUGUUACAGAUGUGCUAAAGGAAGUAAAUGGGGUGAUCGACUUCCAAUAGACACAGUUAAAGAUGAAAGUAAUGAAAAUAUUAAUGCAUCCGAAAUUGAUGAAAAUGAGUCAGAAACAGACUCCGACACAGAAUGUGUAGAUGAAACAGAUUACGGAGAAAACGAUAAAUUAGAUGGUGAAGGUUCAUCUCAAAGUAAAAACUUUGAAGAGAAAGAAUUUGAAAGUCAAACAAAAUCUUCAAAUGAUAGUAAGGAAGUUUUGUCCAACUGUUACUCCUAA